AACACAAACAGUAAUGGCUGCCCCGAUGGGUGAUUUGGGUCUGUGACAGAAACACCUGCUGUCAGCAGAGAGUACCAAGAAGAGCUGCAAGCAUAAGGAGCUUUACUGGAGGAAGCUGAGAGACCGCUGGCCGCUUGGGAGAUAGAAGCAGGCGGUGACAGAGUCAGAGUCAGCCCCAGGGCACCUGGAAUGAGAAGCGGUUUACAGAUGCGAUGGAUGCGGACCUCAGCCCCCAGGACCGUAAGGACUUGGACAAGUUUGUCAAGUUCUUUGCUUUGAAGGCUGUCCAGGUGAUUGUGCAAGCUCGCCUUGGAGACAAGAUCUGUACCCGCUCCACGUCUUCUCCUACAGGCUCUGACUGGUUUAACUUGGCAAUCAAAGAUAUCCCAGAAGUGACCCAUGAAGCAAAGAAAGCUCUGUCUGGACAGCUUCCAGCUGUGGGACGCUCAAUGUGUGUGGAGAUCUCUCUGAAGACCUCGGAGGGAGACUCCAUGGAACUGGAAGUUUGGUGUCUGGAAAUGAAUGAGAAAUGCGACCGGGAAAUCAAAGUCUCCUACACCGUAUAUAACCGUCUGUCCCUGCUGCUGAAGUCUUUACUCGCAGUCACCAGAGUGACUCCAGCUUACAGGCUCUCCAGGAAACAGGGCCACGAAUACGUCAUUCUGUACAGGAUUUAUUUUGGAGAUGUUCAACUCCUUGGACUUAAAGAAGGAUUCCAAGCCGUACGUAUCGGGACAGUGGGCACCCCCAUCGGCACUCUCACACUGACCUGCGCCUACAGAACCAACCUGGCUUUCAUGUCAAACAGGCAGUAUGAGAGGACCCAGCCCAUCAUGGGGAUUAUAAUCGAUCAUUUUGUUGACCGACCUUUCCCCAGCACCUCACACAUGCAUCCGUGCAACUACAGGGCACCUGAUGACCAAGGGCCCACUUACCUUGCUGUGGAAGAGUCCCAGGAGGUCUGUGCCACGUCUUUCUCCACGUCCCCGCCAUCACAGUAUGUGUUCACUGUCAGUAAGGCACAGGGUCAAACAGCUUUUACUGUGGUGACAGAUUCUACCAGGGUCCUGACAAUGGGACUGGCCUUCUCACAGCAACUCUGCAGUUCCCGUCUUUCCUAUCAGCCGGCUGUCCUGGGAGUGGGAUCCUCUGAACUGGGUUGCCCAGUAGCCUUGGCUGCUGGAGUGAGUGCCGCACAUCCGCAUCAGAUGAUGAUGACGGGAAAAGAGGGAGGACUUCCCACCGCCGGCUUGCAGCCCCCACAAGGCACCCAGGCAGAGCACGACAGAACGGUUCCAGCAUCCCCUUCUAAUGUAACGGGCACCACGUCCAGCAGUGAAGAACUCGAUACGCCUUCAGGCAGCAGUGUGACCGGAAAGAGCAACUCGCCUAACAAAUCUACACGUGUCCUCUUCUCCAGGAAGGUGGGCGCUUUCGUGGAUAAACCGUCCCCUCAGAUUACCUACGCCAGCGCGGAUAUACCUUUUGCUGUGUUUGCUCCCAGACUUGCAGAUAAUGAGGACACUGAUCCCAUGGUGGUGUGCCCUGAAACCCCCGAAGACGUCUCUCCCGAAACCAAGAGUUUGCAAAGUUCUUGCUCCAGCGGUGGAACACCCCAAGAUGACUUUGUGAUGGUGGACUUUAGACCGGCCUUUUCCAAAGAUGAUAUUUCCAUGGACAUUGGGACUUUUUAUCGGGAAUUUCAGAACCCACCACAGCUGAGUAGCCUGUCUGUAGACAUAGCUGUGCAGUCCAUGGCAGAAGAUCUGGACUCCUUACCAGAGAAGCUAGCCAUGCAUGAAAAGAACAUGGAGGAGUUUGACGCCUUCGUCGAAUCUUUACAGUAAGAACCUCGGUGAAGGAUCUGUGUCACAUCCGCAAGUGACUUCAUUUGCCCUUUCCUGUCCGCAAACUCAGGUCCACGUCCUGGAGCACCCGCCAUUUAUUUCUCUAAGAACUUUCACGUAGGACACCUGCCUAAACCUGCAGGUACCAGUUAGGAACCGUACCCUUUACUGGAAGACUGUAAAUGUUCUGUUUAAAACGUGUUGAAGAACUGUUCCCCUUAUAAUGGCACUUAGCACCUCCAGGGGCGUCACAUUGCCCCGGUCGUAUAAAUUGUGGUUAGGUUUGGC